AUGCGCUCUAUCGCAUACCUUGCUAGCGGUCUCCCGGUCGCUUUGGCAGCCACUUCCGGCCAAUUCGAUGUUCUCUCCUUCAACGUAGCCGGUCUUCCGGCUAUCCUCAACGGCAACGAAGUGCCCGGCGAUAAAACCACCAAUUCCGAAGCAAUUGGAACCAAGUUCGCCGAAUACGAUUAUGAUGUGAUCCAUGUGCAAGAGGACUUCAACUACCACGCUUACAUAUACAAGACCGACACCCAUCCUUAUCGCACCGCCACCUCCGGAGGGGCGGGCAUCGGAUCGGGUCUGAACACACUUGCCAACUACCCUUGGGUGGACUUCGAGCGCGUCAAGUGGGAAACAUGCUCUGACGCCUCUGGUGCCGAUUGUUUGACUCCCAAGGGAUUCACCACGAUGCGUGUGCGUUUGGACGAGGGUGUCUAUGUGGACUUUUACAAUUUGCAUGCAGAUGCCGGUUCUGAGACCGACGAUGUCAAAGCCCGCAGUGCCAAUUUGCAGCAGGUGGCCGAUUAUAUCGGAAACAAUUCCGCGGGCAAUGCGGUUCUGGUCUUCGGCGAUACUAACGCACGAUACACUUCUUCUGGCGAGAAUAUUCGUGUGUUCGGAACAGAGCAGGACAUGAAGAACCCUUGGGUAGAGCUUAUCCUGAAUGGUGUCGAGCCUACGGAGGGAAGUGAUCCCUGGAUGUGUGACAACCCGACGACGAACAACACCUGCGAGACGGUUGAUAAGAUCUUUUACCGGGGAAGCCGUUCCAUCGAGUUAAGUUCGACCUUCUGGAGCUAUGUGGGCACCAAGUUCGAACUCGAUGGCCAUAUUCUCUCCGAUCAUAACCCUAUCGCUUCCAACUUCACAUGGACUUUGUCUGACUCAGUGCGCCAGAGUGAUCUUUUCGGUGGUCCUCAUGGAAACUGGUUCAACGACCUCUCCUCUGUUCCCUCAUCGUCAACGGGCGAGAACAAACCAAGCAAGAUCACCCUUCGGGGCGAAAACCGCGUGGACAGUGUAGGCUUAGCUUUGACUUCGGGUCAGACCUACACCCACGGAGGAACAGGCGGCACUGCAUCUGAACUUGCCCUGGCGGAAGACGAAUACUGGACUCAGGCGAAGCUCUGCCAGGAUAAAUACGAUAAUCAUACUCGCAUCUUCUACUUGCUGGCGACGACUAGCGCUGGCAAUACGGUCAGUACCGGGAAAACGACAGACGACUGCAAGGAAUUCACCGCGCCGGACGCGUGGCAGAUUGUUGGGUUCUAUGGACGGGAUGGAGAUGAGGUCGAUGAGUUGGGAUUCAUUUAUGCGCCGCAGUGA